AUAAAUACGCGCAAACGCACCCGGUACGCCAAUCCGAUACGUACCCUAUUUUGACCCUCCAAAUACGCAAACAUCUCUCAUUUCCCACCGCUUCCUCAAUUCAAAACCCUAACCCUAGAUAUUCCACCGUAAAAUGUUGGAAUUAAGACUAGUUCAAGGGAGCCUUUUAAAGAAAGUGUUAGAUUCGAUUAAAGAUUUGGUGAAUGAUGCUAAUUUUGAUUGUUCCACAACUGGAUUCUCUCUCCAAGCUAUGGAUUCCAGCCAUGUUGCUCUUGUUGCGCUUCUUCUCCGCGCUGAAGGAUUUGAACAUUACCGAUGUGAUAGGAAUAUUUCGAUGGGGAUGAAUCUUGGUAAUAUGGCGAAAAUGUUGAAGUGUGCUGGGAAUGAUGAUAUAAUUACUAUUAAAGCCGAUGAUGGGAGUGACACUGUCACUUUUAUGUUUGAAAGCCCUAAUCAGGACAAAAUUGCGGAUUUUGAGAUGAAGUUAAUGGACAUUGACAGUGAGCACUUGGGUAUUCCUGAAGCCGAAUACCAUGCCAUUGUGAGGAUGCCUUCAACAGAGUUUGCCAGGAUUUGCAAAGAUUUGAGCAGUCUUGGUGACACUGUUGUAAUCUCUGUAACAAAAGAGGGUGUUAAGUUCUCUACAAGUGGUGAUAUUGGAGCGGCAAACAUCGUUCUUAGACAGAACACAACAGUUGACAAGCCUGAAGAUUCUACGAUAAUUGAGAUGAAUGAGCCUGUGUCACUUACCUUUGCACUACGAUACAUGAACUCUUUCACCAAGGCAACUCCCCUUUCAAACACGGUCACAAUCAGCUUGUCGUCUGAACUUCCUGUUGUGGUUGAAUACAAGGUUGCAGAAAUGGGUUAUGUCCGGUUUUACUUGGCUCCCAAGAUUGAGGAGGAUGAAAAUGAAUCAUGAUCCUGGGAAUUCUAAUCGCUCAUCUCUUCUGUUUGAAGCCUCUUCCUGAAUUUAGGUUGAUGUUUGAUUUUUUUAGUAAUUUUUGUGCAUGUUUAAGCAUGAAUCUGAGAUCAAAAAAAUUCAGAAAUCAGCAUCACUGAUUAGUGCAUACUGUACUAGGCUUUAGUAACUUUUCUUAUUGUUAAUGAACUUAGGUUUUAAUUUUAAUGUAUCUAUGAAAAUUUGUUCUGAACUUUCGAGUGUUAUUUUAUUGGUGUCAUUCUAUUUGCAGUCAUUGGUUCCUUAUCUUCAA